AACCUGCACCGUGUUGUGUUUGUGUGUCUGCGGACAUGAUGAAGCCCCGCAAAUCACGCAGCGACUCCCUCACGACCCCCCGCACAUGAGGACCCCGGUCACCGCAGAGGACGCACGGAGCCGGGCCGAGAGGCAGCAGCAGCCCCGCCGCCGGGACUCGGGAGCGAGGCGGCGCUGGAUGAGAAGCAGCGGAGUCUGACUUGGCGUUUUUUUCUCCCCGGUGACAGAGACACAAUCUCCGCGGCGCAUCUCCUCGCGUCCUCCCCGCCCUUCUCCUCCUCCUCCACCUCCUCCGCCUCCUCCUCGCCCGCCGACCAUGGCCCUGGUGACUCUGCAGCGCUCCCCCACCCCCAGUGCAGCAUCCUCGGCCAGCACGACCAACAGCAGUGCGGGGGAGGACUUUGGAAGUGAGGAUGACCGGAAAACUAAUCAGAGCCUCAGUGAGAGUUUCUUCAUGGUCAAGGGAGCCGCCCUCUUCCUCCAGCAGGGCGGCAGUGCACAAGGACCAGAGACCCCAAGCCACCACAAACAUGCAGGUGAUUUACCUCAACACCUGCAGGUCAUGUUUAAGAUCCUCCGCUCUGAAGAUCGCAUUAAACUGGCGGUGCGGUUAGAGAGCGGAUGGUCGGACCGGGUGCGCUACAUGGUCGUCAUCUACACCAACGGUCAUCAAGAUACAGAGGAGAAUAUCGUCCUGGGAAUGGACUUCACAGACAAGGACAAUAAAAACUGCUCCAUUGGGAUGGUGCUGCCACUGUGGAGUGAUACCAACAUACAUUUAGAUGGAGAUGGUGGUUUCAGCGUGAACACAGCGGGGCGCUCACAUGUCUUCAAGCCUGUGUCCGUGCAGGCAAUGUGGUCUGCCCUGCAGGUCCUGCACAAAGCGUGCGAGGUGUCGCGCCGGCUCAACUACUUCCCAGGGGGCAUUGCCCUCACGUGGAUGGCCUUCUAUGAGAGCUGCAUCACCUCGGAGCAGAGCUGCGUCAAUGAGUGGAACACCAUGACCGACCUAGAGACCACCCGGCCCGACUCCCCCACCAUGUUUGUCGACCGGCCGACCGAGCGAGAGAGAACAGAGUGCCUCAUUAAAGCCAAGCUACGCAACAUCAUGAUGUUUCAGGACCUGGAGAACAUCACGUCCAAGGAGAUCCGUAACGAGCUGGAGCAGCACAUGAGCUGUAACCUGAAGGAAUACAAGGAGUUCAUAGACAACGAGAUGCUCCUGAUCCUGGGUCAGAUGGACAAGGCCACACUUAUCUUGGACCACGUGUACUUGGGCUCAGAGUGGAACGCUUCAAACCUUGAAGAGCUACGUGACUGCGGAGUGGGCUACAUCCUGAACGUGACCAGAGAGAUUGACAACUUCUUCCCUGGGCUGUUCUCGUAUCACAACGUGCGUGUGUACGACGAGGACGCCACCGACCUGCUGGCCCACUGGAACGACACCUACAACUUCAUCGUCAAAGCCAAGAAGAAUAACUCCAAGUGUCUGGUGCACUGUAAGAUGGGGGUGAGCCGGUCGGCCUCGACAGUUAUUGCCUAUGCAAUGAAAGAAUAUGGCUGGUCUCUGGAGAAAGCCUACAACUUCGUCAAGCAGAAGCGGAGUAUAGCCCAGCCAAACGCUGGCUUCAUGAGGCAGCUGGCGGAGUACGAGGGAAUCCUGGACGCCAGCAAACAUCGUCACAACAAGCUAUGGAGGCCUGGAACAGACGAGGAGGGAUCAGAUGAUUUACAAGCGUCUGGCCACUGCACUGGUGGAGAGGAGACGUCCGGGCUCAGAGGAGAGGAAGCCUGGGGGGGCUGCGGGGCGUCUCCCUGCAGGGCUGUGGGCCUGGAGAUGGAGCCCCUUGACUCUCUUAACUAUAAUUACUAUUUCAGACGUUUGUCAGACUCUGCGUUAGACAGUGAGCCCUCCACCCCAGUGCGGGGCCCCCCGCUGCUGGGUAUGGAGAGGGUUUUCAUCGAGAUUGAAGACGUGGAGAGAGACGCCCUAUUGGAGGACGAGGGUUUCCCCAUGGCCCAUUUAGCUCUGCCGGGCGAGGGCACGGCAGCGCAGACGUGUGGACGCCUCGACCCCCUGGAGGACAUGAGACUAAGACUUGAGUUCAGUACUUUGGAAGAGGAGGACGAGGAAGAGGCGAAGAAAGAGGAAGCCGAAAUGGCGGCUUUGGCUCAAACACCUGGAGGUUCAGAUGGGAGGAGGGCGGGGGAGGAGGGUGAGAAGACGGAGGAAAGACGGUUAGGUCUCGCCAACCUCAACACCAACAACAGCAACCGGCUAGCUGCAAAACGCAGCUGCCCUGCAGCUUUUGAUGACAGUGCGAGCACAGGAAACCCUUUAAAGGUGAAGCCCUCCUAUCAGUCCUGUAAAGACUGCUUGCGUCUGCCACAAGGUCGGCGCUGUGACCGUCCAGCAGGAGGUCGUUCCCACCGCCUCAACCCCUCCCGCCACUACAAUGUCCCUUCUAUAUACAUAGAUCCGCCAGGGACCAACUUUGCUUCCACUCCAAUUCUGCAGUCUCUGCCGGCCCCUGCAGUUGUCCCUCCUGACGUGAUCCAGCCCUGUGCUCACCUCUACCCCUGUACCACAUGCGCCCCAGGCGUCCCACCAGCGCAUCGCCUGAAACUGGUCUCACCCAUGAGUUGCGAGGAGGCGGAGGACAUGGACGAACCAACUGCGGAAAACGUGGAUGUGCAGCUAAGGGAGGGUUCAGGGACGAUCAGUGCUGCUACUGCUGAAGGUUUAAAACUACAGCCUGGUGAUGCAGAGGAGCUCCAGCAGCAGGCUCUGGCUCAGCUGCAAAUGCCAGGACUGGGGAUAGAGUUUGGUCUGGAACUGAUGCGACAGAGGGCGGAGCAGCUUGAAAAGCUGCCGAGCCUGGCGAUGGAGGGCCAGCUCCCGGUGGGCCCCCUGCCUUAAAGGAGGAGCUGGAGGAGGAACACUGCCUCCAUCGGGUACACUAUGAUGGCUGAGAGCCUUUAGAUGACUGCCGCUGUGGUGUCGUACCAGAAAUGAAGCCUGAGUCUGACCUGUACCGUCACGUCCUGGCCUCAAGCAGCUCUCUGUGCUUUUGCGUCUGCUGGCAUGAAGAUCGAGAUGAGGCUGGUUGUUUUCACCGUCACACCAUUAAAAGCUUGAACGCUUCUGGCCAUACUGGGACUGAAGACUUCUCUCGCGUCCCUUGGAGUUGCUGCCAUUUUACCAUCAACAUGCAGGUUUAGUGGUGGUUUGUAAGAUCUACUCGUUCCUUUGUGACUCCUCAGAGAGCUGUAGUUAACACUUGAUGUUGAUGAAAGAAAAAUACCUGGAGUAACCUGCUUCUGUCGGUGUCCUGUAUAUUUUAUCAAUCCACCUCAUCGAGAGUAUCAAGAGGCGCUCAAUGAAUGUUGAUCCUGUUUGAUUCCAGUCAGUAUGUCCUCAUGCCACCACGGAUAAACGGAAUCCCUGUUCAACUUCACUUCUGUUUCUCUUGCCGCAGCUGCUUUUGCAUCACGACGGAGCGUUUCACGUGGAAGCUUAAUCAUUUUUUUUAAAGGAUGUGAGCGUAUGUGAGCAUUUGAAAAGCGUCGUACCUCGGACCACGAAUAUCUGUCGGACUAGUUUUGGUCAAAGACUUUUGUUUCUGCUCAGUGGCUGGUUCACCCCCCCCUCCUCCAUUAAUGUUAAUGUAAUUAAGUCCUUAAAGUGCUCAGUUUAGCCACGCAUGACUUUGCAGUAUUACAAAGCAUAUCCUCAACGUGCUUACGCAGAAAACACAUUAAAAAUCACCUUUCAUUUUCACCAGGGUUUUGAAAUACAAAAACAUAUUUCAACAUCCAGGCAUCAACAAACAAUGAUAAGCUUAAAUAUCACUCACUCUUAUUCAGGUCAUUUCUGAUGUAACUAAAGCCAUAUCAUGUUGCCAGGUUCAGUUUGCACCUAAUUAUUCUCUGGGAAACCAUAAAAAAAAAAAAUCAAUCUUAAAGAAAGUGAAAGAAACAUUCCUGAAUCGUCCGGAUCGGUGCCAAAAUUUAAAGGGGAACUAUUUCGGCCCAAGUUUUAUGGAAAUCCGUUUGGUAGUUUUUGCGUAAUCCUGCUUUCAAACAAACAAAUGGACAGAGGUGAGAACAUAAGAGAAGCUGAGCACAGUUUCCUUUGACCAGUGAACCAUCUGGCUCUUAUGUCAUAGGCUCACCCAGUAAACUUUAUAAUUUACAAUUAUUUGCAAAGGCACAAUGAUCACGUAUAGAUUUAACACUCGAGCACAACUCUAAUAUCCAUUCACACAGCGCACAGGCAUAGUUCAGAUGUAUAUCCACAUUUAGUCAGAAUUAAUUUCAGAGCACUAAGUCACAAAAAAAAUAUCAGAAAUGAAAAAUACACAUGCUCCAAAGAAGUAUUCACUUUCUCAGCUUGCAGUCCGGAGCCCAUUACUGUAAGAAUAAUUUAAUUGAUGCAUUAAUCAUCAGACAGAGGCUUGCGUUACAUUUUUUGUUUGCUAAUUUAAUGAAAUACUUGGUUACAGUGUAAAAAUUAGAAAAAAUAUGAAUUUAUCAACUGACAAGACCAGACUUCCUUUUAUUUUCUAAAUAGAGAAGUAACCUAUUAAAAAAAACUGCAAAGCCCAGUUUCACAGUCCCCUAUAGUGCAUCAGUUCUUCAAUUCUUAUUUUAACUUUUCAUAUUGCACAUUGAACAGCGUGAGGUAUAUUUUUUUAACCUGUUUGGUUAAAAUUAGGCCACCGAUCCAAAGUUGCUGUGCCGCAGGACUUUAUUCUUUGGUUGAUGUUGUGUUGCUUUUGUUUUUUUGGGCACACUGGGUGUGCUAGAGUGGUUCUGAAUGACGCCUGUUUAGGAAAAGCACAUGCAAGUGUUAUUACUGUGUAUAGAGAUCCAAGUGCUUCAGGAGAACUGUACAAAGAAUGGAUGCAAAUUAUUGAAUCACCUUUUCUAAUCAUUUAUUGUUUUUAGAUUUUGCUUUUCUUUCAAAUCUAUCUGUAGAAACUUAGGGGGAAAAAAACAAUAAUGCCUCCUCUGUUCCUUCUCCUCUCUUAAAUGAAUCCCAGGGAGCUGCAGGUUUGCUCCACUAGUUAGAUUUAAGUAAUGUGGUUUUGCCUUUAACCGGUUCCUUCCCCUCAUGUGGACAUUUGAGUCUGGUGCAACAACAGCACUUACAGAAAGUUGCCAUAAAUAGUUCAGAGCUGAAAGCAUUAAGAAGCGUAGUGUAAAAGACGGACUAAAGGAAUAGUAUAUUGAGUAUAUGACAUAUUUAGCUCAACAUAAAGACUGAAGGAGAAGCCUGGUUCUGAAAAGUCUGGCACCUCUAAAGUAAUUAUUUCGUUAAAUCUGAAAAACCAAAAGUGUACAAAACAUUUUUCAAGUACACUGGAAGUAGGGGGUGCAGCACAUCCUACUGGUAAAAGGCUGUAAGUGCAAGGCAAAAAAAAGUUGUCAUAAUCAAUCAAAUCAAUUGAAAUUAUUAAAUGGAUGUAUCAUUUUUAUAACUUCAGUGUAAUUUUCAAUUUUGAUUUCAUUUUCCAACAUUCACUGCAUUUUCUGAAGCCUCCCUCGUGCACAAAUGUAGAACGUAUCAUAGACGACAGGCACAAACUGAAAGGAUAAUGGAUUUAAGUUGUGGAAAUGCAAGGUUAGAUAUGUCUCAAAAAGAUCAUUAGAUUUUAUUUUACUGCACCUUACCAGGAGGGUGCCAUGGAUAUAGAAUAUAUCUUGAGUCAAGAUGGGUAUGAUUUAAUUGCCUCCAGUCUAUUUGUAAUUUUUACAAAAACCCAUGUUUGCUGUUCCUCCAUUUCUAGUCCUUAUGCUAAGCUAAGCGGCCGCAUUAGGUUUUCCAUUCAGACAUCACAGUGAUACCUCCUCCUCCAACUCUUGACAACAAAGCAAACAAGCAUCUCAAAAUCUCCAACAAUUCCUUCAGUGUAUUCUUCAUGUAAUUCUGAAUGAAUGCAGUGGUUCUCAGUAAGUUAUUGGCCGGACGACGGUGCUCGACAACUCUCCGCUUGUGUUUCCUGACCGCAGCACAGAUAUUUGGUUGUUUGCUUCACGUGUUGAGUUUGUUUUUGCAUUUAAGUGCCUUAACCUCGGCCUUAGCUUCGCCAUAAAGCAUCACAGGCUUUGCAGAGUUUCUGUGAGUGUGUUGAAGGUCUGAUUUCUUUUUUUUUGUACAUGACUUCCCCUCACUCCCAAUAAUAACCACGCUCUUUGCAAUGUAUAACUCGGCACAUUAAUAUAAUGUAUGCAAACACAGAUAAGCUCAUGCACAGCAGCCUCCUCUUCCUCAACAGACACAUACUUGAUGGACUUCCAUUUAUUAAAUAGCCUAUAAUAAUAUUGUACUUGUUUGAUAUUGUUGAAACUUGUGGUAUUGGUUCAAUAGCUGGCUGAGGAACCUUACUUGCUGGAAUGAGAACUAUCAUUUAUUUACAUUAAAGCAUAAGGAUAAGAAGGAUUUAAUUAAGUCUCCGACAUUUACCAGUCUGUAAAUACUUUUCUCUUCCAUUUAUUAUUGAGUCAAGAAGCUUGCGGAUGUGGUCAGUACUAAGAAAAGCACUGAACGCUUCUGUGUCUCGUGCACAGCGAAAAAAAAAUAAAAGAUUCGGGGGGUCAUUUCUAAUUCAGUCACAUGACUUACGGCUCUAUAUUAAAAAUGGAAAUUAUAGAUUUUUUAUUUAUUAUUAUUGCAUCAUUCCCAGGCAUCAAACUGACAAUCCUACUUUAAGGGCCAGAGGCUGAGGACGGACAUUAAAUAAGACAUAUAUUGUAUUUUCAGGGGAUGGGGGGGCGUUUAUAGAGUGGAUUGAUACAGAGCACAAGUUUGCCCCCUAAUGCAUGAGACGAGUGGAAACUACAGAACAUGAAAAACCUACCUGGGAGGAGGAUUUUGUUGAUCGUCUUUUGUUUACUUGUACUGUACAUUGCCAAUGUUCAUGUGUAAUGCACUUUUUUUUACAUUUUGUUAAACUGAUGUCCAGUCUAAUGUUUAUCAUGGAAAUAAACCAUUUCCUCUGCAGAA